GGUUUAUGAGCAUUUCUUUGGAGCGCGAUUUACGACAGUGUGGCACGUUUACGGCUUCUCGUGAUAAUUGUGGUGAUAGAGGUAAACAAGCAAACUCGACGUAUCUUUCUGCUUCGAAAGUGGGAAUUAUCACAAAGCUAAUAACAAAAGUGACAAUGCUCCUCCAAAAUCGAGCUGUGUUUGCACUUCGUCUUCGCAUGUGCUCCACUCAUGUGAUGAGAGGACCUUUGAUGGACACAGCAAGGCCCAGCUCAGACAUGUCUGAAUUCCGUGCACUCUUUUCAAAAGCCAAACACAUAGCUAUCAUCACAGGCGCAGGUGUGAGUGCAGAGAGUGGAGUACCGACCUUCAGGGGAGAAAAUGAGAAGUGGAGGAAGUGGCAGUCUCAGGACCUGGCAACCCCAGAGGCCUUCUCUCGCAACCCGUCUCGCGUCUGGGAGUUCUACCAUUACAGAAGGGAGCUGGCUUUGAGCAAGAAGCCCAGUGUCGCACAUCUGGCUAUAGCAGAGUGUGAGGCCCGACUGAGAAAGCAGGGACGCUCCGUGGUGGUCAUCACCCAGUGCAUAGACGACCUCCACCGACAGGCCGGGUCCAAACACGUGCUCAAGAUUCAUGGCAGUCUGAUGGAGACUCGCUGUGUGAGUUGUGGACACGUGACCACGAACAAGCAAAGCCCCAUAUGUGCUGCCCUAAAGGACAAAGGUGCACCUGACCCAGAUGUUGCUGAUGCCCAGAUUCCAGUGGAUAAACUGCCAAGGUGUGACGAAAGUGACUGUCACGGUCUGCUGAGGCCCAACGUGGUGUUUUUUGGAGAAACUCUGGACUCUCAUAUGCUGACCAAGGUGGAAAAAGAGAUGGAAAUAUGUGAUCUCUGUCUGGUGGUGGGCACAUCUUCAAUUGUUUACCCAGCAGCCAUGUUUGGCCCCCAGAUUGCAUCCAGGGGCAUCCCAGUGGCGGAAUUUAAUAUACAAACGACACCAAAAACUGGGUAUUUCACGCACCAUUUCCAGGGUCCAUGUGGAACCACACUGCCUCCAGCUUUGGCGCGACAUGAGUCAGAGGUUAUUUAAGAGCCACAGGAAUGACUUUACGGACAGCAACCAGUGGCUUCUUCUACAGACUAAUGCAAUCCAAGGUUGGGAAGGGGCAAUCCAUCUUGGUAUAAGAAUGGGAAUACUGUACUCUGUAUGUAGUUAUUUGCAUAGGAAAAUAUCUUUUCAGAUAUCAGAGGGUGUUGCAAUUCUUUACAUAUCUUGUGUAUUAGAUGCUGCUUAGGGAUUGUCAUAUUUUGGAUGUGUUACUAAAAUUAUGGCUGUAGAUAAGAACACGUUACUCCUGCUGCAAGUGGAGAAUAUUCCUCUUUUUUCUUUCCACCGACCAAACAGAUGCACAGAGCGUAGCAUAAUCUUGUGCCUUUCGAAAGUGUUUACACAACCUUGACCAAAUGCUCGCUUUAAACCUCAAGUGCAAAUCAACCAAUGUUACAGAGAUUUAGCCAAGUGUACAGAGUUUGAUUUUGAUCAGGGACACAGAGGAUAGAGAGAGAGAUUCAGUCCCAGCCUGAAUCUGCAUUCCCUCUCAUGCUGUUUGACUGUAGUUAUUAUCGUAUCAGUAUAGUUACAUGUUGUGGAUGAUUCAUGAUACAUUUUUACACAUUCAGUAUCUGAUUUCAAAAAGUUUGUGUUCAACCACUGUAGAUGGAAAUUGUCCAAAAAAUUAAAGCAAUCAUAUAUUUAGUAACAUGAUUAUCUGUUAUGUAAACAACUUUAAACAUGACGCACAAUUUCUUAUGAUGUAUUCUAUUAAAACUGCCAAUUAAAAUACAUACUGUAGAACAUAAUUAUUAAAA